AUGCCUUCCUUCGGCGGCGGCGACAUUCUCUCGGCUGCGGCAGUUGCCACAGUCGUGGUGGAUGUAACGGUGCACCCCAUGGACACCAUCAUUACAAGAAUCCAAUCGCCCGCCUACAGGACGCACUACCGCCAGUUGAAUGGCCUGUUCCAUCCCAGUCUGUUUCGCGGGCUCUAUCAAGGCUUUGGUCCAACUUUGAUAGCUGGAAUACCAUCAUCCGCAGCCUUCUUUGCAAUCUAUGAGGCCUCAAAGAGCCUCUUUGAAAAUGCGCAGAAAUCGGGUCAUUUACAGUUUGUCCCUCUUCCAAUUGCACAUGCAAUCAGUGGUGCGGCCGCGGAUCUCAUGGCCUGUGCCAUCAUCAAUCCAGCGGAAGUGCUUAAGCAGAAUGCACAAGUCUCCCAACAAAGGAGCACAUCUCCUGGACAGCGUUCGCAUCUGAUGCAGGCCUUGAAGACGUUUUCACGGCAACCCACCCGGCUAUGGACAGGUUAUACCAUGUUAGUGGCCAGCUCUCUGCCAGGGACUAGUCUGACAUUUAGCCUGUAUGAAUGGCUCAAGAAGAGAUUGACGGCGGGGGAUAGUGAUCUGGCUCGUGACAUUCAGUAUCAAGCAAAAGUCAGCGCCAUGAGUGCUGCCGCCGCAGCUGGCUGUGCUUCAUGUAUAUUUGUUCCUGUGGAUGUUGUCAAGACGAGAAUGAGGCUGGCGGCGGGCGGCAACACCCCGGCUAGUUCCAGUGCAAAAACAGUCGUUCAGGGCCCCAUGGCUACAGCGAAGAAUAUUCUUCGGACCGAGGGGGUGAGAGGCCUGUUUCGUGGACUCACUUUUACAUUCUUAGCAAGCAUGUUUGGCGCUGGAUUAUACCUAGGCUGCUACGAGGGUUGUAAAUUAUACAUGGCAGGCGACGGAGGCUCUGACAAGAAGCUUAGUGGAUGA